UUUAGAUUAAGUGUUGGUGAAGGGAGAAACCCGAGUAUGGAGGUCGAUCCUCCGCCUGAACCUCCUGAUCCGGGUGAAAAUGUAACCGUCAUGUCAGACCCCAUUGAGAGCCCGCAGUCCAUAUCUAUGGACUCAGAAUCAACCCAUCGUGGUACUAAACGAGCAAUCCCGAUAAUUGAUAACGAUCAAGUUCCAUCGUCCACUAAAAAAACUGUAAUAGGGCCAAGCUCGACAGCCCCUUCAAUGCAAUCCGUUUACCUCCAUCCUUCACUCUCAGACUCCCCAAAAAAAUAUACAAAAGAUGAUAAAGGUCCUUUCGUAGUGUACGUAUCCCGUGAAGUGUCCGACCCUUCAGCCGGCGCUUCUAUGAGAGCGAUCAAAUUCGGCCAGUUCCUUCACAAAAACAAAAUAAGGUUAUUUACUAACAUCAUAACCCAUCUAGUCCAGUUACCUACCACAAAUCGGACUGGGAUUGUCCAGAAAAGACUUGGAUGUAAAUAAACCGUUCAACCUCCUUUGUGUUUUCUCCAAACAACGCGUCUUUGGCGAAGUGAAUUGUGCUGUGUGGCACAACAAAAAGCCACUAAAAUAAAUAAAC